AUGCAAGGCUUCAACAUGGGACGUUACGUCCCCCCGGACCAAGAAGGCGUGACAUCCUUCAACAAGCUCGCCGGCAAACACCCCCUCGGCUCUCGCGCACGCCACCUUCAAACCAAAGGCGCCCUCAUAGUCCGCUUCGAAAUGCCCUUUGCCGUGUGGUGCACAAAUUGUAAACCGCACGAGACCAUAAUCGGUCAGGGAGUGCGUUUCAAUGCAGAGAAGAAAAAAGUCGGGAAUUAUUAUUCUACGCCUAUAUAUAGUUUUCGGAUGAAACAUACAGUUUGUGGAGGGUGGAUUGAAAUUAGAACUGAUCCUAAGAAUACGGCCUAUAUUGUUACGGAAGGUGGGAGGAAGAGGGAUACGGGUGAAGAUAAAGAAGGUGAACCGGGCGAGAUUCGGAUUAAAUCACACCCGGGUGACGAAACAGCAGAGCAAAAAGACGCAUUUGCAAGAUUAGAAGGGAAAGUCGAAGAUAAACGACAAUUCGACACAGCUGCAACUAGGAUAAGUGAAUUACGAAAACGACAGGAUCGGGAUUGGGAUGAUCCAUACGAACAAUCUAGACGGUUACGGAGGACGUUUCGAACGGAGCGGAAACGGCUUGAGGAAGUUGGACAAGCGACUGAAGCGCUUAAAGAUAAAAUGAGUUUGGGGAUUGAAUUGUUGGAAGAAACUGAGGAAGAUCGUCUGCGGGCUGGACUUAUUGAUUUUGGUCCUGGUUCUGAGUAUAAUCAUGCGCUGGGAGCGAUGAGUCGGAGCCGGCCGAUGUUCGAUAAUAACAGCGAUAGUACCUUGGUGAAGCAGUCCGCGGACACGCAAAGAAACGGGAAAGAACAUAAAGGGAAAUUGAAAGCAGAGAUAGCCACAGCGAAACGAAAGGCUCUCUUAAGCAAGGAGUUGCGAGGGAAUACCCGCGCCGUCAUAGAUCCGUUUUUGAACGAGGGUGCGAAAAUAUGGCAGCCAACUAUAUUGAAGACGCGGAAGGCGCGUGAAGAAAAGUCCAAUGGCGUUGAUGCAGUUACCGACCGGGAGACAAAGUCGGAAGAAGAAAAGUCAGUGAUGGCUACGAACCCAGAUCCUACGGCUGGGAAGACGCCGGCGUCUAUUCCUCUGGUUACAUAUGGAUCGGAUUCGGAGUGA